AUGUCUUCCUUUGAUUUUAUUGUUGUUGGAAGCGGCCCGGCUGGCAGUUCACUCGCCGCCACACUUGCCAACUCAACGGCAAAGCCACAGGUCUUGCUUUUAGAAGCGGGCGAGUCAAAGGAGGAUCGUGAUCUUCGCGUGGAUGGACAACGAUGGAUUACUUUCCAAAACCAGUCCAUGAACUGGGGUUACAAGACCACCCCACAAGAUAAUUGCAAUAACCGCGAAAUUGACUACAGCCGCGGUCGAUGCGUUGGCGGAUCGAGCGCCAUCAACUUUGGUGUGUAUAGUGUUGGUGCUCGCGAUGAUUAUGAGGAGUGGGCGCGCAUCGUUGGUGAUGAUACUUAUGGGUGGCAGAGUAUCCAGAAGAGGCUGAAGGAUCUUGAGACUUUUCACGGCGAGACACCGCAGGGUAUGGACACGAAAUACGCCAAUCCGCAGUCAGAGGAUCAUGGUAGCAAAGGCCCUCUGCAUGUAGGCUUUGCACGCGAGUGGGAAAGAGACUUGCCGGAGCUGUUGGAUGUUUUCGAACAGGCUGGAUUUCCCUUGAAUCCCGAUCAUAACUCGGGUAACCCUAUUGGAAUGUCUGUGUUGAUUAAUUCUGCCUAUCAAGGGCUCCGCUCAACAGCAAAAGAUCUGGUUGAUGACAAGGAGAAGAACAAUCUGACAAUUGCUACCAAUUCACCGGUGCAGCGCGUGCUCUUGGAAGGCAAAAAGGCUGUUGGCGUGGAAGUAAACGGAAAGAAAUACUUUGCCACAAAGGAGGUCAUUCUAUCCGCCGGCUCACUCAAUGACCCUCGCAUCUUGAUGCAUUCGGGAAUCGGUCCCGCUGCUCAGCUCCAAGAAUACAACAUCGAUCUCGUCCACAAUUCCCCCGCCGUCGGCCAAGGACUUCGUGACCAUUGCUUCGUCCCAAUGGUGAACACUCGCACCGAUACCAGCACAGACCGAAAGGCUUUCUAUGGCUCGCAGGCCGCCAUGGAUAUCGCUAAGAAGGAAUGGGAAGAGCAUGGAACCGGUCCCUGGGCUAAGUUUGCUUGUGAAUUGGGUAUCGGCUGGUUCAAGCUUGACCAGCUCGCUUCCAAGUCGGAAUUCAAGGCCCUCCCUGAAGAUGAACAGCGAUAUCUCCUUCAAGAGACUGUGCCACACUACGAGAUUAUCACACACUUCCCUAUUCACUGGUUUAUCCCGGACUUCCCGGCUGAGGCUCUGAGCUACUCUUGUUUGUUGGUUUUCCUAUUCAAUGCCCAGACUCGUGGAGAAGUUACUCUUCAAUCAUCGGACCCUGAUGCUCCGCUUCUGUUCAAUCCUAAGUUCCUUGCCCAUCCAUUCGACCGUCGACUUGCGAUUGAGGCUCUACGAGAUUCUUUCCGUGUUGCUAAACAUGAGGCUUAUACAAAGGAUAAUGUGGCCGAGCUUGCCAUGCCCAAAGGCGAGUCGGAUGAAGACUUGCUGGAAUAUUGGCGCCAGAAUAUCUCAUCAAGUUGGCAUAUGACAGGAACAACAAAGAUGGGCAAAAAGGAUGACGUUGACGCCGUUGUCGAUCCUGAUUUCAAGGUGAUGGGUAUUGAAAAUCUGCGGAUCGCUGAUAUGGGCGUUGUGCCGGUCUUAGUCAAUGCCCAUGUCCAAGCAGUCGCCUAUGUGACUGGCGCAACUUGUGCUGAGAAGUUGAUUAAAGAAUACGGCUUGGCUUAG